CUUUUUUCCCCUCACUUGUUUCACUCAGCUGAGGCUGGACCUUGCUGGUAGAGGCGAAGUGGAUUCCGGCUGCAGUUCUCUCAAAGCGGGCGCUCUGCCUCUUUGUUUCAUUGUAUCACACUGAAAGAAACGUUGUCACAUUUUCUUCCGAUUCAACAACGCCUUAAGGAAAUACAUUUAAACAGAAUGGAGAUUUCAUAUCGGCGGGGAGAUCAAGUGGAGCACUGUGCUGUGUUCCAGGACAGAAGAAGAAAGGACAGUGACCAUUCCUCCUGCAGCAGUCUGGAAUAUAACGACUUGGAGGCCGCCGAGGCCCUGGUGUGCAUGAGUGGCUGGGGUCAAGUGUCCUCCAGCUCCAGCGCCUUUAGGCCUCGGCCCCUCACCCCUGCCUCCGACUCCUGCGAUUUGCUGCCCCAAACUGACCACCCAGAGACCCCUAAGGACUUCAUUUCCCUCUCCUCACUGUGUAUGACUCCGCCUCACAGUCCCAGUUUCACAGAGACCUCAGUCACAACUGCCGCGCUCACAAUGAGCAGGUCUUGUUCCAGCCUAUCUCACUGCCCACAAGCUCUCCGACUGGGCACAGGCCCCAUUCCGCAGACCUCCUGCAGCAGAGUGUCCACAGAGGCGGCCAGCGGCGUGCCGUGCCGAGCCAUGGCGACCAGUGUCAUCCGCCACACGGCGGACAGUUCACCGUGCCGGCACAUUCCACCGACUGGCACUCCGCAGCAGCAGUAUCAGCUGAUAAAGACUGAGGAGCAGACACCAGAACGCUACCACACAUCCCCACCACCCCUGACACCAGUAGCCCCCUCUCCCUGCAAGACUGAGGCCCCUUGUAACCCUCUCCCCGCCAGUGAAAAGCCCCCCUCUCCACAGGCCCCUCAGUCGCCGCCCCCCACUCCCAGCCCUCCAAUCAUAUGCCAGACAUUCCCCAUGAACAGCCAACCGGGCAUGAUCUCAGCCCUGAUCCAGAGCCCCUCCCCGAGGCCCAGUCCGGGAGUAAAGUCCAUCCUGCCUCAGCCGGUGCUGGUGGGCACCACAAUGCCUCAGGGAGCGGUGUUCUUUGUGGUGCCCCAGACGCCCAUCUCGCAGGCCCCCCAGUGCCCGCAGCAGUCGGUCAUGACCAUGGGCAACACUAAGCUGCUACCUCUUGCCCCGGCGCCCGUCUACAUGCCCUCCGGGCAGAGCCACGCGGUGCAGGCGGACUUCUCCCGCAGGCGCAACUACAUCUGCAACUUCCCCGGCUGCCUCAAGACCUACUUCAAGAGCUCCCACCUGAAAGCACACCUCAGAACACACACAGGGGAGAAGCCUUUCAGUUGUAGCUGGGACGGCUGCGACAAGAAGUUUGCCCGCUCCGACGAGCUCUCGCGCCACCGCCGCACGCACACGGGCGAGAAGAAGUUCGUCUGUCCGGUGUGCGACCGGCGCUUCAUGCGCAGCGACCACCUGACCAAGCACGCGCGCCGCCACAUGACCACCAAGAAGAUACCCUCCUGGCAGGCCGAGGUGCGCAACCUGAACAAGAUCGCCGCCGCCAAGGCCACCUCCCCUCCAGGCCCCUCCCUCCCCAUUAGCAUGCUCAUUUCUGCCUCGAACUGAACUCAGUGAUGUGACAACAAAAACACGAUAGAAAUGCUGACCUCUCACUAAGAAAACAGAACAUAUCUGGGAGCUGCAUAUAGAAGCACAAGGCUCACAAGCCUGCCCUGGACACACCCAAACAAACAGAACAUGCACUGGACUCUCUCCUGUUUGUUUCUCUGUCUUGCGCUCUCAUUUUCUCUUCUUUUGUCGCUCACAUGAAACUCUUUUUAAGAGGAGUGAUUUUUUUGUUUACUUGCGUACACUGUGUACAGUGUAUUCACUAUUUUGCCAAAGUCUUUGUUUGAUGUCUAUGUGUUUUACACUAUGUUUGCCUUUUGUACAUACUUACAUGUUUGUAUCCAUUUGAAUGUAUGGAUAUCCUGUAAUGCAUUAAUUUCGAAAUACAGGAAUUAGUCUUUGUUACGUCAAGGAGAAUCCUUGGGUGGACAGUAAUCAACACUGUGAUUAUUUACUGUGUUAUUUAAAUACUCAUUUUUUAGUAAAACAAAUAUGUUGUA